ACGUUGAACAUCGCCAUUUAUUGCGCUACCUUCAACACAUAGCUGCUACUAGUGUCUUGAGUUCUCCACCAGACGACAACAAGCUAUGGCAUAGUAGAGUAGGCAAUAUGACAAGUAAUAUGUUCUAUUACGUGUGCCGCCAAUAUUCUUUGAUUUUUAUUUCCUAUUACCUAUCAGCCAGAUAUGCGUUAAAUUAGAAAACGUGUCGAUGAUCGUGUAUUACUGAUCAUACCUGCGUUCACACUGGGGCGUUAAGUGUUCUUCUGCCGGUUGUCAACUGUAACAUUUUCUCGGAGAACUGUGUUCGAAUCAUUUGACUCUGACCGUGGUGGUGGGCACAAAAAGUCAACAGUGCAAACAUUCUUCUGUUUCGCGAAGAAUUAGCACGCGUGCUGCUUCCACUAAAUUAUUGAUCUAUCGAUCAUGGAGGAAGAAAUUGUGAAUGGGAUUGCAAAUAAAAACGGGAAUUCAGAAGUGGACGAAGAAAUGAAACAGAACGAAGAUGGGACGUUCGACGUAUCGAGCUACCCGGAGCUAGACCGCUCGCAAACCGGUCGCAGAACAAGUAUCUUCAAGUAUUACUCGUUCAACAAGAAAGAUACAAUGCCAAACUUGACGAAGAAAUCGGGCCCUCUUAUCGGAGUAAUUGAUGUUGGCACACGGACCGUUCGCUUUGUGGUGUUCAAUGCAAAACACAUAGCUGAAGUGGCAUCUCAUCAAAUCGACAUAGAACAAAUAAGUCCGCAAGAAGGAUGGAUGGAACAGGAUCCGAGAGAGAUUCUUUUUGCGGUAAAGACGUGCAUCAAAGAUGUUGUUCGGAAAUUGGAUGUGCUUGGAUUGAAGAUAAACGAAAUAAUAACGAUCGGUAUUACAAAUCAAAGAGAAACCACAUUGGCGUGGGAUUCAACGACCGGUGAACCGUUAUAUAAUGCGAUAGUGUGGUCUGAUAUCAGAACGAAUCCGAUCGUCGAUCAGAUAAUAGCCAAGUUUCCGGAUCAAAGUAAAAAUCAUAUCAAACCACUAUGCGGUUUACCAGUGAGCCCGUAUUUUUCGGCACUAAAAAUUCGUUGGAUGAAAGAUAACGUGCCCACUGUUAGAAAAGCGAUGCGAGAUAAGCGAUGCAAAGUGGGCACGAUGGACACCUGGAUCGUUUGGAAUUUAACGGGUGGCAAAGAUGGUGGAUUGUAUAUUACUGACGUAACUAAUGCGUCGAGGACCAUGUUAAUGAACAUAGAGACCCUCUCAUGGGAUCCCACGUUAUGCAGAUAUUUCGACAUUCCUAUGCAAAUAUUGCCAGAGAUUAAAAGCAGCGCUGAAAUUUACGGAAGUAUUGCGAUUGGUCCAUUGAAGGGUAUUACUAUAUCUGGUAUUUUAGGAAAUCAGCAAUCAGCGUUAGUUGGACAAAAUUGUUUAAAGAAAGGACAAGCGAAAAAUACAUAUAGAGGUGGAUGUUUUCUGCUCUGCAAUACAGGAACGACACGUGUGCAUUCUUCUCAUGGAUUAGUUACAACAGUGGCAUAUCAAUUGGGUCCAAAUAGUCCAGCUAUUUAUGCGCUGGAAGGUUCAGUUGCAGUAGCAGGUGCUGCUAUUAAAUGGUUGCGAGAUAAUAUGAAACUUAUAAAGGAUGUUCACGAAAGCGAACAUUUGGCUCAAAGUGUUUUCAGUACUGGCGACGUAUAUUUUGUACCAGCUUUUACAGGACUGUACGCUCCAUAUUGGAGAAAAGAUGCGAGGGGAAUUAUUUGUGGUCUUACUGCAUUUACAACGAAACAGCAUAUAAUAAGAGCAUCAUUAGAAGCUGUUUGUUUCCAAACUAGAGAUAUUUUAGAAGCUAUGUACAAAGAUUGUGGUUUUCCAUUGACUAAGUUAAAUACGGAUGGAAAAAUGUCAACGAAUAAUCUUCUUAUGCAAUUGCAAGCAGAUCUUUGCGGUACGCCAGUAUUCAGAUCAACGAUGCCGGAUAUCACGGCGUUAGGUGCUGCAAUGGCUGCAGGGCAUGCAGAAGGUAUAGAUGUUUGGGAAUUAGAAGGUGAAGAGAUAGAAAGAGUGCCCAGUGAUACAUUUUUACCAACGACCACACCAGAAGGUAAAAAACUUUCAAAUUUAAUAACAUCCAUAUUUUAUCUUUUACGAAAUGUUUUUCUUCUUUCUAUAGAGAGAGAUGCUAGGUAUACAAAAUGGAAAAUGGCAGUUGAAAGAAGUUUAGGUUGGGCGGCAGUAAAGAGAUCUGACCAAAUGACAGACGAAAGAUAUUACGUAUUGGCAUCGGUCCCUGCAAGUUGGUUCUUAAUGACAAGCUUUAUUUUGUUACGAUUAAGUUAUUAUUUGAAAAAUCGGUGACAACAUUCAUAUUGUUACAAUGGAGGAUCACUUAGAUAGCAGAUAGCCUAUAUUGUAUUACAAAUGCAAAUAGGAGUAUGAUUACCAAGCUUUAAUUAUAAAUAGUAGAUCAAAAUAUGACCAUCAGUAACCGAUUAAAAAACAAAAAAGUAAUACAGGUAAAGACAGCUUUGAUUCAAUUGAGUAGAACUACCUAUACUUUCAAACUUUGCCAAAAGAAAUCAAUAUAGUUAAUUAAAUGAAGCGCGACACAGUAAAUAGCUACCAAGUUAUUCGGAAUUUCAGAGAAGAAAGUACUAGAAACAAUGCACAUAUACAAUAAUUUAAACAAUCCAUUUAUUCGUUAUUUUUUAUUUGUUGUUGAUACAAGAUAACGUGAUAUUUCUCGAACCAUUACUGCCAAGUUAACAGACACAGGGCUAUAGUUUUGUAUAGUUUUGUAGGAUUGUAAGCGUUCGUAAUAUUUUAAGAUUUACAAUUAAUUAAAUUUUUAUAAUUUCAACUAUUUCCGUCGCUUUAUUUUGUACGUUUAAUUUAUUUGUUAUAUCAACAAAAAAUCCUGUAUGUAUAAUGUUACAACUAUUGUAUCAUAAAAUCAAACACUGGAAAUACACGUUCGUCUUGUUUUA